ACUUUGUUGAGGUGGUGACGGAGGUCAGAGGGUUCACUGACCCACAGAAGGAGGAGUACUUCAGGAAGAGAUUCACAGAUGAGGAGCAGAGUAACAGAAUCAUCUCCCACAUCAAGACAGCACGAAGCCUCCACAUCAUGUGCCACAUCCCAGUCUUCUGCUGGAUCACUGCUACGGUUCUGGAGGAUCUGCUGGAAACCAGAGAGGGAGGAGAGCUGCCCAAGACCCUGACGGUGAUGUACGCAGAGUUCCUGGGGUUUCAGAUGGAUGAGACUAAAGACAAGUACGGACUAGAACAGAGCGGCAACUACAUCAAGUCAUUAGCUAAACUGGCUUUUGAACAGCUGCUAAAGGGAAACUUGAUCUUCUAUGAGGAAGAUCUGAAAGAGAGCGGCAUCGAUGUCAGUGGAGCCUCAGUGUGUUCAGGAGUGUUCACAGAGAUCUUUAAACAGGAGCGAGGGAGGAAAGCCAAGGACAAGAUGUUCAGCUUUGUUCAUCUGAGCGUUCAGGAGUUUCUGGCUGCUGUUCACAUGAUGCUCUGUUACAACAAAGGAAGGAUGGAGGAACUGCAGAACUUCCUAGACACCUCCAAUGCUGCUUUGGAUGAUGUCCUGAGUAGAACCAUGAAGAAGUCCCUCCAGAGUCCAAGCGGCCACCUGGACCUGUUUGUUCGCUUCCUUCAUGGCCUCUGCCUGGAGUCCAACCAGAGAAUCUUAGGAGGUUUGCUGGGUCACACAGAGAACAGUCCGGAAACCAUCCAGACAGUCAUCAACAACCUGAAGGAGAUGAACAGUGGUAGAAUCUCUCCAGACAGAAGCAUCAACAUCUUCCACUGUCUGAUGGAGAUGAACGACCACUCAGUCCAUCAGCAGAUCCAAGAGUUCCUGAAGUCAGAGAACAGAUCAGAGAAGGAACUCUCUGAGAUCCAGUGUUCAGCUCUGGCCUACAUGCUGCAGAUGUCAGAGGAGGUUUUGGAUGAGUUGGACCUGAACCAGUACCACACAUCACUGGAGGGACGAUGGAGACUGAUCCCAGCUGUGAGGAACUGCAGAAAGGCUCAACUUUCUGGCUGUGGACUCAUAGAGACUCACUGUGAAGUUGUGGCCUCAGCUCUGAAGUCCAACCCGUCACAUCUGACACAUCUGGACCUGAGUAACAGCGACCUGCAGGACUCAGUGGAGGUUCUGUGUGCUGGACUGAAGAGUCCUCACUGUCGACUGGAGACUCUGAGAUUGAGUGGCUGCAGUUUGUCAGAGAUCAGCUGUGAUUCUCUGGUCUCAGAUCUGAAGUCCAACCCGUCACAUCUGACACAAGUGGACCUGAGUAACAACAACCUGGAGGAAUCAGGAGUGAAGCAUCUGUGUGGUUUUCUGGAGAGUCGUCGCUGUCGACUGGAGACUCUGAGACUGAGUGUGUGUGACCUGUCAGAGAGAAGCUGUGAAGCUCUGUCCUCAGUUCUCAGCUCUCAGUCCUCUAGUCUGAGAGAACUGGACCUGAGUAACAACAACCUGCAGAAUUCAGGAGUGAAGCUACUGUCUGUUGGACUGGAGAGUCCUCACUGUCGACUGGAGACUCUCAGGCUGUCAGGCUGUCUGCUCUCAGAGGAAGCUUGUGUCUCUCUGGCCUCAGCUCUGAGCUCCAACCCCUCCCAUCUGAGAGAGCUGGACCUGAGCUACAAUCAUCCAGGAGACUCAGGAGUGGAGCUGCUGUCUGCUGGAGUCAAGGAUCCACACUGGAGACUGGAAACUCUCAGGGUGGAGCCUGGUGGAGUCCGAUGGUUGAGACCAGGUCUGAGCAAGUAUUUCUGUCAACUCACCAUCGACACAAACACAGUGAACAGGAAACUACAACUGUCUGACAACAACAGGAAGGUGAUACAUGUGAAGGAGGAUCAGUCAUAUCCUGAUCAUCCAGACAGAUUUGACUACUGGUAUCAGCUGCUGUGUAGUAAUGGUCUGACUGGUCGCUGUUACUGGGAGGUUGAGUGGAAAGGAAGAGUUCAUAUAUCAGUGAGUUACAGAGGAAUCAGAAGGAAAGGAAAAAGUAGAGACUGUUGGUUUGGAUACAAUGAUCAGUCCUGGAGUCUGAUCUGCUCUAAUGUUGGUUACUAUGUCAGAUACAAUAACACAGUAACAUCCUUCUCUUCCUCUGUGUCUGACAGAGUAUCAGUGUAUGUGGACUGUCCUGCUGGUUCUCUGUCCUUCUACAGAGUCUCCUCUGACAAACUGAUCCACCUUCACACCUUCAACACCACAUUCACUGAACCUCUCUAUCCUGGGUUUGGGUUCUGUUCUGGUUCCUCAGUGUAUCCUGAUUCCUCAGUGUCCCUGUGUGGUGUCGUUUGAUCCUGUCAGAGAAACGUUGUAACUGUUGAACAUAGUUCAGUCUGUUUGUGUUUGUCUCGUUUUCAGAUGCAUGUAUUAAACCAGUUUCUUUCUAAACCAGUUCUAAAUGAUUCCUUGUGAACUUCUUCCUCUUCCGUCCUUUAAAAAUGGAAGUUCUGAUUAUUCUAGGAUCAAAUGUUGAUGACUUGUUGUGAAGUUGUUUUCCAGUGAAUAUCAGGAUGUUUCAGUUCCAUAUGUGAUCAACUGUGACAUCAGAGAAGAAUCACUGAGCUGAAUGAGUGAGAAGCUUCCAGAUUUUCACAGCUGAUUGUUCAAUGAAAACUGUUGAUUGAAUGUUUCUGAUCAUUUUCUUUCCCUCUAGUAGAAGAGAGCAGCUCAGCCUCACAUUAAAGUGCUUCAUUUACCUUUAACAAUAAAUGAUCACGUUAUAAUCACAACAUAGAAAUGUCCAUCACUUUGAACUGUGAUUACAUUAUAACGAUCAUCAUGAUGUAACAUGAGUCAUAAUAGAUUCAGAGUCACAUGAUGAACCUCCACACUCUGUACGGUAUAUACUGAAAUAAUAAUGUAAUAAAAUCUCACCACAUCUGG